AUGAAGCUCUUUGUGUUCGCGACAAUCUGGAUCACUCUUACGAUUGCUAAGCCUGAUAUUCAGCUAAAUGGCUGGUACCCAUGCACGCAGAGCUCGUUGCAGACCAGUAGUUUGGAUGAAGGUCACCCAGACCAAUUCUUCCUCGAAACGGCUAGUGACUCGAAGUCUCGACGAAGAGUCACCGCUAAAGAUAAACAGACACAGACAUCGUCACUGCCAUUUCUGCAACAAUCGUUUGAGCAUUUAUAUUACCAUCACAACAAUUGGAGACAACAAAAGCAGCAGGUGAAGACUCGCUAUAGUGCUCGUCGUAAAGCGGCGGGCGAUACGGAGUGGAGCAACCCAAACAAGACUGUGGAUGUAUUUGUUAAGCGUGUCAAAGCAACGAAUCUGAUCAGAGGACAAAAACAAAAAGCGCUUUGGGUGCUGCAAGGCGGACCAGGGGCGUCAUCAACUGGAGUGGAGGAUUUGAUGGAUACCAUGUACUUGGAGUUGAAUAGACAGGCUGCUGAAGCUGGAGCUUUGGGUAGUCCUGGUGGGUCAGAUAUUCGAUUAGAAGAGUUACCAGCAUGUAUGGAUGACAUCCGCUUUCAACUUGACAACCAGACAGCAGCUUUUUCGGUAACUAGCGCAGCAAAAGACUUGGCUGAAAUUAUCAACUAUGAACUUAGUGAUCAGGAUGUGUACGUGUACGGUCUCAGCUACGGCACGUACUUGGUAGAGCGAUUAGUGCACUUUACUCCAGCUAGUGUGAAAGGAUUUGCGGUGGAUGGUGUCGUCUCAGAAAGUGGAGACACAGCGGAAAAGCGUGCAACGUUUACAAACUGGGACUAUGAUGUAGGUAUCGUGGGAGAUCAAUUCCUUGCCGCAUGUCUAGUAGAUAAUUUCUGCAAGAGUAAGUUUCCGGGUAUCACGGACCUCUCAGCAUUCGUCCACGAGCUAUACCAUAAAUUGGAUGCUGCUGUUGCUGAUGGUAAUAAAGGUAGUAAUGCUUGCGCUGAUGCGCUAUCGAAAGACGGCAAGAAGCCCUCGUAUUUACUACGUUCUGCUUUUGGAGAAUAUCUCAUGUCUGAUCGUAUGCGGCUUGCAAUUCCUGCUGUGAUUUACCGUGCGUCUCGAUGUAAUGACCAAGAUGUUCAUGCUCUUGCUUACUUUGUCGAGGGACUUGACGAUUUGAAAAGUGAUGGUGGUUUUGGCGACUCGGAGCCAGAAACACUGCUUUAUGACUCAAACAUGCUCUACUAUAUCAUCGUGUUUUCGGAAUUGUGGGAGACCCCUACGCCAGACAAAGAAACCUUGAUUCAGUGGUAUGAAAACGCUACUAUGGCUUCCGAUAACUAUUUGUCACUCCCUUACUAUUGCCUAUUCACCGGAAGUCGCGAACAUGCGUGUCAGGAGCUCAUUAACCUCCCGGUCGCCCGACCUCUAGUAUACGAACGUGAUCAAUACUGGAACAAGACGGGUGAACUUCCUGGUGGUGUGACUGCUCUGCUGAUGACGGGUGGAAUGGAUUUGCAGACGCGACGAAUGUACGGUGAAGUGGAGUACGAAGAAAUGAACGGUGAACGUAUGCUCGUUAGCUUUGACGACGCAGGCCAUUGCACGACAUUUACGACUCCAACUAAUGGUGGCGGUGCGACUUGUGGCGUACGUAUAUUAGCUUCUUUUGUGAAAGAAAGCGGUGUUUUGUCGAACGUGAAUACAUCGUGUAUGAGUGAAUUGAAGCCAUUAAAAUUCUCAGAUGCAUAUGUAGACGCGCAAGAACUGUUUGGUACAAGCGAUUUGUAUGAAGACAUAAAAAGUAAUCAGUAG